AUGCAAGAAAGGCUUCCUAAUCGAGAGCUGAUCGCCUCCCUCACCAACUCCAAUGAUGGAGUCGCGUUUCGCGCCAAGACCGGGCAUCUUCACCACACCUGGGCCAAGACCUACUCGUCCCUGCCCGAGUUGUAUAUCCAGCCCGAGAGCGUCGAGGAGCUCGUCAAGGUCGUCAACCUAGCCCGGAAGCUCCGCCGAAGAAUCGCACUCGUCGGCUGUGGUCACUCGCCGUCCGAGUUGACCUGCACUUCCAGCUGGCUGAUCAACUUGGACAACUUCAACAAGGUUAUUUCCGUCGAUAGCAGCACACGGAUCGUCACUACCCAGAGCGGCAUCCGGCUCUAUGCGCUCUGCGAGGAGCUCGACAAAAAUGGCCUUGCCAUGGCCAACCUCGGCAGCAUCAACGAGCAGUCCAUGGGUGGUGUCUUUGCAACCGGUACCCAUGGUAGCAGUCUCCUGCACGGCUUGAUCUCAGAGGACAUUCUGGCGAUCAAGAUCCUUCUCAGCGACGGGACGGUCAAGACCUGCUCGGCCUCGGAGAACGAGGAUCUCUUCCGAGCCGCCCUGAUCUCGCUUGGCGCGCUCGGCAUUGUGGUGGAGGUGACCUUCCGAGCCGCUCCGGCAUUCUCGCUGCGGUGGUCCCAGACCGUCGAUACCGACACCAAGAUGCUUUCAGCGUGGUCUUCUACCCUUUGGAAGCAGACGCACUUUGUCCGUGUCUGGUGGUUCCCUUACACGAGGAGGGCAGUGGUUUGGUCCGCCGAAGAGACAUCAGAGCCUCACUUUGACCCACCGACGAGCUACUACGAUGGCAGUCUUGGUUAUUACGUCUAUCUCAACCUGCUGUACGCUGCGAGAUACGUUCCGAGCAUCCUACCCUGGGUCGAAUGGUUCGUCUUUGGCAUGCAAUACGGCUUCAAGAACGGUACUACGACCGCUGCCGUGCAGCCCAGUCGCAAAGCCCUGCUGAUGAACUGCCUGUACUCGCAAUACGUGAACGAGUGGGCGAUCCCCCUCGAGAAGGGCCCCGAAGCGCUAAUGAGGCUAGGUUCGUGGCUCAACAGGCUGCGGCCGGGUGACAAGGACUACGUCGAGCACAAGAUCCCCUUCUCCAACGAAGGCCUCUGGGUGCACUCCCCUGUCGAGGUCCGGGUGGCAGACACGACACGCACGAGCAGCCCUCGCCCCUUCCUCGACCCCACGUCAAAGACCGGGCCGACCCUGUAUCUGAACGCCAUCAUGUACCGACCGUAUCUCCUCGACCCGCCGUGCUUGGACCGCUUCUACCAGGGCUUCGAGUGGCUGAUGCGCGACCUCGGAGGCAGGCCGCACUGGGCGAAGAACUUCCAAGUCAGCGACCUGGACGCACUGUACGGCGAUGACCUGACCAAGUGGAGGGAGGUCCGCAACGAGGCCGACCCGGAGGGCAUGUUCGUCGGACCGUGGCACCGCAAAUUCAUCAUGGGAGAUUCGGAGGCCAGGCUCGCGUUGGAGGAGUGCGAGGAAGAGCGCAGGACGGUAGACAAGAACGGCGUCCGGAUAGAGGGGUCGGUGAUUGGAUAG